AUGUUUCUUGAUAGCUUUGAAGAAGUUGACCAAUGGAUGCUACUCUUAUCAAGAAAUGGUGUCAAGGAACUCAUCCUAACUAAUUCAAGUCAAUGUUAUAAACUUCCUUCUAAUGUGUUUUCUUGUCUUGAAUUGACAAAGUUGAAACUGGAAAACUGUUUUUUCAAGCCACCAGAUGAGUUUAAAGGAUUUGUCAAUCUUAAUGAUCUUGAUCUCCAAAAUAUUGAUUUUGGGGCUAAUUUGUGUGGAACUGAGAAACCCAUUGAAGAUAAUGUACAAGUUGAAAAAACGACAUUGCCCAUUAUGUUAAGUAACUUGCCCAAAAUUGUAGUUUUAUAUCUCGAUGGUGUUUUCUUUAAGGCUUUGAUUGAAGAAAAGAUUCCAAAAUGGCUUCCACAUCCGGUCAAUAGUUUAAAGAGAUUGUUCUUUUUGAAUUUUCAACUUGGUGAUUUGGAUCAACUUCAUGGUGCUCUUUGUUUGCUUCGAAACUCGCCCAAUCUAGAAAGACUUUCUGUGACAUCUUUUCAAAUGAGAUUUAGACUCAUUCGAUAUGACUUGGAACCAGCUUCAGAUCAUUUAGAAGACCCAAACUGUUUGGACUGUACAUUGGAUCAGUUGCAAACUGUUGAGAUGACACGUUUAGAAGGAUCAAAACCGGAAUUGCUUUUUAUAAAGCUUAUUCUUGCUCAUUCACCUUCUCUCCUGAAGUUUACCAUUAGACCAAGUAAAUUUUCUGAUGUUCAAAAAAGACUUGACAUUGCUAAGGAUGUUAUGCAGUUUCCUCGAGCCUCACCAAAAGCAAAAAUGUUCUACUUAAAUCCCUAGCCAUAACUUUGUAAGAUUGUUAACAACAUUGUAAAUUAGGUUGAAACAUUCUACCUUAUGAGCAUGUUUGCGUUAUGAUGUAAUUUGGUUUUUUCCUUCCGUUUGGUGUGUGAUAACACAUGUAAAUAGUUCUAUGUAUGAAUACAUUAUGAUAUUUAGGAUUUUGAAUGAAAGCUAAGUUUUACGACCA